AUGGCAGAUCAGGCUACGCCUCCGAAAGGUGGACAACGAGCCUCGAGAACUUAUCAAACGGUGCUUCCAGAACUGGGUCGCCUACUCCUUAGUCAACACUUACCUUCCGUGGAUGGAAAAGUAGUUACCGUUGACGAAUUUGCCGCCGUCGUCGAGAAAUCCACCGAGCUGAUUCGAAGCAAAAAGCUAUUUCUUCAACUUCAAAUCUUCCGACCUGAUUAUGUGCAGUUUCUUAUUGAUCGGGAAGCUUGGGAGACCUUUUGUGGAGGACCGACCCAAAAAGAACACCCCAACUACCGACGCUUCCCUGUCCAAGAUCCGCGCAUCAACAAUCCCCUGCCUCAAUACUUUGAUCCGGGCACCAUAACCCCCGACAGCUACGGACUCAUCUAUCGCGACAACGUGCACCCCAAUUGUCCGAACUGUAACUGUGGCACAUUGGCGACGCAAGAUGAUUAUGUGAAUACGAGUUUGUAUGAUGAUGGAGGGACGCGCAUCACGACUGCAGAGGGAGAAUAUGUGGCGUUUAAGGAGAGGCUGGAGAAGGAGUCCAGGAAGAUGGGUUAUAGGGAUUCGGAUGAGAGGUGGGAGAAGGAAUGUGAGAUUGUGCAGGCCAAGGAGGAUGAGAGGGAGAGGAGGGAGUUGGAGGAGAGAGGUUUGGCGGGGGUGGAGGGAAUGGAGGGGGGUGUGGAGGAGAUGGUGGUGAACGCGAAGGAUGUGGAGGGGAAUGUGCUGAAGGAGGAUGUGAAGGAUAAUGUGAAGGUGGAUGUGAAGGAGAAGGUGCAGGUGAAGGAAGAUGUGAAGAUGAAGGUGCAGGUGAAGGAUGGAGAGGGAACAUUAGUGGGAGAAAAUGCAAAGAUGAUGGCGAAGAUAAAAGGAAAGAAGGAGAGAAAGCGUAUGCAGCACUGCAUCACCAUGUAA